UGUCAUGUUGGAAAGUGACACGUAUCCGAAUCACACGCAAUCCGAAUCAGCAUAUACGUGUGUGUGUGUAGACACGCAAUUUGUUAAGGAUUUAUAAAGUCCUGCAUUCAUCUGUACGGCUACACCUCAUCAGCCAUGGCAGAAACAUCCACUGCAACAAAGAGAUAUGCAGUCGUGACAGGAGCAAAUAAAGGGAUCGGGCUGGAAAUAUGUAGGCAGUUGACUUCUCAUGGGAUUGUUGUGGUGUUGACAGCUAGAGAUGAGAAGAGGGGCCUUGAAGCUGUUCAAAAGAUGAAAGACUCUGGCAUCUCUGAUGAUCUUGUGGUUUUCCAUCAGCUAGAUGUGGUUGACCCAGAUUCCAUUGCUUCUUUGGUUGAGUUUGUCAAAACCAAAUUUGGAAAACUUGAUAUCUUGGUGAACAAUGCUGCGAUUAGUGGAGUUGUGCUAAAUGCUGAUGCUUUCAAAAGAGCCUUCGAGCUUUCUGGUUGUUGGCCAGACGGGGAGGAAGUGUGGAAUGAAAUUGAAACUCAAAGUUUUGAGUUGGCAGAACAAUGCAUCAAAACAAACUAUUAUGGGGUAAGAGGAAUGGUUGAAGCUCUAACUCCACUCCUCCAGCUUUCUGAUUCAGCAAGGAUUAUAAAUGUUACUUCAAAAUUGGGACUGUUGAAGAAUAUUCCCAAUGGACGUGUUAAAGGAUUGUUGAAUGAUGUUGAAAGCCUCACUGGAGAUAGAAUAGAUGAAAUUUUGAAGGAGUUUCUAAAAGAUUUCAAGGAAGGGUUGCUAAAAACCAAAGGUUGGCCGACUCAACUCUCUGCCUAUACUGUUGCUAAAGCUGCCAUGAAUGCCUACACUAGGAUUCUGGCCAAAAGGUACCCGAAUUUCCAUGCCAAUUGUGUCUCCCCUGGCUAUUGCAAGACCGACUUAAGUACCAAUACCGGCUACUUCACCGCUGCAGAAGGAGCUGAAGGUGCUGUGAGGUUGGCACUGCUGCCUGAUGGUGGGCCUUCUGGUUUUUGCUUUUUGCAGAAAGAAAUGCUGACCUAUUUUUGAAAGAAGACGAGACAUUAUAGAAUCGUCGUGUGAUAAUGGAACCGCAAGUAUUAAAAUUUCAAGUUGUUGAUGUAUUUUCCCACCAAGGCAGAAUAAUAUGAACAUUUUGUCAACA